GUCUAGAAAGCACUGACUCUGAUCUGCUUCUCUUCGAGACAGAUUUACAGCAGAAAAGCAGCUGGAAAGCAGAGACGGAAACAUGGCAAGACUGGUUGCAGCGGUAUGUGUUCUGCUCACUCUGCACAUCGCUUCAUCUAACAAGCUGGUGUGUCACAUGACCAACUGGGCCCAGUACAGACCUGGUAGUGCUGCAUUCACCCCAGAGAACAUCGACCCAUUCUUGUGCACCCAUGUCAUUUAUGCUCUGGCCACCAUCAACAGCUUCAACCAGAUCACCCCCAUUGAGUGGAACGAUCAGCAGAUGUAUUCCAGCCUCAACGGACUCAAAAACAUCAAUCCUGCACUGAAGACCCUGCUUUCUGUUGGAGGCACCGUAAAUGGAGUCAGUCCAUUCAUUGCCAUGGUUGCCAAACCUGAGAGCCGUGCAGACUUCAUCAGAUCUGCCAUCACCUACCUGCGAAGCCACAACUUUGAUGGGCUAAACCUGGGCUGGGAAUAUCCUGGACACAAUGGGAGCCCAAUGCAGGAUAGAGAGAGGUUCACCCUGCUACUCUCGGAGUUGUCCCAAGCCUUCGAGGAUGACGCAAGAGAAAACAGGAAGACGCGUCUAAUGCUGUCAGCCAAUGUGGCUGCGAUACACACAACCGUCGACAGAGCAUAUGAGGUCAACAAGAUUGCAUCCCACACUGACUUCCUCAAUGUGAUGACUUAUGAUUUUCAUGGAUCCUGGGAGCCCUAUACAGGACACAACAGUCCACUGUACGGCAGUCCUGUGGACUCGGGUUCACAGAUUCAUUACAACAUAAACUCCUCAAUAUCCCAUUGGCUAUCUCUGGGAGCACCAGCUGAGAAACUGCUUCUUGGUUUCCCCACCUAUGGAAGAACCUACCGUCUGAGCAGUGCUGCUAAUGGCCUGGGGGCACCAUCAAACGGCCCCGCAGAGGCUGGACCUUACACUCGCACUGCCGGUUUCUGGGCCUUUUAUGAGGUCUGUGACUUCACAAAUAGUGCAACUGUUUCCUGGAUCAGCGAACAGGCAGUACCUUAUGCAACCUACAGCAAUGCUUGGGUGGGCUAUGAUGACCAGCGCAGCUUUUCCUCCAAGGUUCAGUGGAUGACUGCCAACAACUUGGGAGGUGCUCAUGUGUGGACUCUGGACAUGGAUGACUUCAGAGGGUCUUUCUGCUCGGAUAAAGCUUACCCACUCAUCAACCACCUCAGGAUGUCCAUGGGUUUUGCUCCAAAACCAACCACAACUCCACGCCCCACCACCACCAAAGAUCCUAUUGCUGAAUUCUGCUAUGGUCGCCCUGAUGGACUUUAUGAGAACAUCGCUGACAAGACCAGCUACUUCCAGUGCUUUAAUGGAAACACCUUUCUGCACCGAUGCCCAUCUGGCCUGAUUUACUGGGACUCCUGCAAAUGCUGCAACUGGCCCUAAACUGCAGGAGCAUCCGUUUUAACAGCCAGCCGCUCCAUGCUUAUGGAUGACGGUCAUUGUUUCGUCCUAUAAUACCUUCAUUUCUACAUUGAUUAGCUCAUGCUGUCUAACUCCAAAAGCAAGAAAAGAUAAAUCAGUAAGAAUAGGUAUUUCAGUAGGUCAAUGAUCUAAAAAAAAAUGUAACCGUUAAAUUGAGUUCCUGUGUUUAACAUAAGAUUAAGUUUAUCUGAAUUUUAAUGUAUUCAUGGAAUCUUAAUUUAUUAAAAGUUUUUCUUGCAUGUCGGCAUUCACUUUAGCCAAAGUUUGUGAGAAGAAAAUGUGCAUUAAAAAUAAAAAAUGCAAUUAGAUUCAGAUUUUGAUACCCUAAAGAUGUACAGGAAAACAUUGAAGCACUGGAUCCCUUGAAACAGUCAUUUAAAAGUGUUCCUCUUCAAAUUCAUCGGUGAAAUCUCUGCUGAGUAACAGGAGAAAAAUUUUUGUUACAUAAAAAAAAGUUAAAUGACUCCUUUAUUUCAGCUUUUAAUUGUCACUACAAUUUGGAACAUGUUGUAAAGUGGAAAUAAAUGCUUCAUUUCUGCUUCUU